UCGAGAUGUGAUGAAAUCAUCUCAAUGUCUUGUCCUGUCCCCUAAAGAUCUGUUCCCCCUCCUUCUGUUCCUUCCACACACUCUCUCUCUCUCUUUUUUUUUCUGGUACUCAUCUAAUUCUCCGAUUCCUCUUUCUUGACAAACACCAAAGUCAUACAUCCUUAAUAUUCAUACACUUAUAGAACCAUAUAUCUUGGAUUGUCCAGAGAUACCCUUCCUUUGGUCCAACCCACAACACAUCCGGUGUGUUCUUGUUAUUGUCCUUGAUCAAGUUAUCGCAGGGACAUUCGAACCGAGGCAAAAUGGCGAUUCUAGACAAAGAAAAUCGGUCCCGCGGCCUGCGAGUGCCUUCCUUUGCCAAAAAAGGCUUCAAGCAAAAAUCUUCUGAAUCUCUGCCUACGAAAGAAUCCGCGCCCGUCCAGCAACCUUCCGCAGCUCCUGCUGUGACUCCCCCACGAUCCGAAUCCAUUCCGGCACCUCCGCCGUUAAGAUCGCAAGAGCCUGACGAACUCCCUCCUCCCCCCACUGUACAACCCUCUGCUGGCCCAGGGUCUUUGACUGACGGUCGCAGUCAGCGCCCGCCUUACAGCCCGCCGGAUGGUCCUCUUCCUCAACCUCCGGUGUUUCGGGCUUACCGGCCGCCUAUCCCGCCGCAACCCACCCCGCCGUCCAGCGAAGAAGACCUGGAACCGGGAUCUAAUCGCCCCAGUGCGGUAGAUUCAGUGGAUCAUUUCAUCCCUGACCCCGAACCUGAAUCCGAGGCGCCUGUCGAUUCUCUCUCCAGUGAAGAUGAUAGGGGCCCGUGGACACCUCCCGACUACGAGCCGGUGGCUGCGCCUUUGAAUAAACUACAUUACGCUUGCUACCAGGACCACCGGUCAAUGCCUCCAGCUAACAAUGCCUGGUAUGCGCUGCCCUGCAUGACGUGCCAGAAGUUUGAUCACGAAGCGCGACACCGGUGUGUUUUCUGCUGUCUGCGCAUAUGCGGAGGAUGCUAUCAGGCAUUGCAGAAAUGCUCUAACCGCUCGUUGGCACAACUGAUGAGGUCCCUUCCUCCUCAAUGAUUAUUCCAAAUGACGUUCCGUAGUACUGCUCUUGUCACUGCAUACGUCAGGCAAGAGUACGGUCGAACCACAAAGUCGUUUCUUGCUUCUUUCGAAUAUUCUUUCCCUACUUUAUAUACCUCGAUUUUUUCUCAUUCUCUUUUCAUUUAUACAUCCGCAUGAAAUAAGAUUCCCCUCGAGUUGCUACUAUGUGUUGCGUG